GUUACUAAGAAAGCGCUCUGUAACGCUAACUUCCUCAUUCCAAAUGUGGAUAUUGAGAGUACCUAAACACCACUUUAAAAGAAAGUGAACUGAAUUAAUAAAUUUACGGAACCUAUAAAAAUCCCUAAAUACAAAAACUGAACAUACCACUGGUUCUUGUUCACUUCUGUUUACAUUAAGCGUGAUGGGAACCAUUACAGUUUGUUGGUUUCUUUCUCUAUGAUAUCCACUUUGAAUGGGUACCUUCACGUUAAAUAACUAUUGUCAUAUCGACUUCAAAACUAAAUAUAAAUAAAACAGUUUACAAACCAAAAACAUACUCCCUAUAACUUUAUGAAAUAUGUUUAUUUACUUUCAUGUUAACGGUCUACAAAAAUUUCGCAUCCUAUGUUCAUUUCACUGCUUCUUCAUCACCCUAAUGGAAGCAAUUCGGAAGUAAAACGAUCCGAGAUAUAGAAACCAUCUUCAGCUAGAAGUGUUCUGACAAACGUCAUAAUCAACAGCUUAGUAUAUAAAGUAGGUCUAUGUCUUGCUAAAUAAACGGUCGCUUUAUUAUAGGAAAACGAAACAUGGGAACUGAACAAGAUUAUUAUUCAAAAGGAUUUGAUAAAAAUAUCUCCAACACUCAUGCUUGGAGAACGGCUGAGAACAGUUGUGCUUACUUACUUAAACAUCUAAAACGCACUGACAAAAUACUAGACGUAGGAUGCGGACCUGGUACCAUAACCACGGACCUGGCACGAUAUGUCCCCAAUGGAGAGGUUAUAGGGGUUGAACCCAUACAAGAAUUCGUAGAUCAAGGAAACGCUAAAAGCUCAGAAUUAAAUCUUCGAAACUGCCAUUUUCAAUUUGCUAGCGGAGAUAAUCUUCCAUUUGAGGAUAAUACAUUUGACGUUGUCCAUGCCCAUCAAGUGUUAAUACAUAUUGCAAACCGAGUAGAUGUGUUAAAAGAAAUGAGACGAGUGGCCAAACCUGGUGGUCUUAUUUGUAGUAAAGACGCUGAUCUUGAAACCGCUCAGGUGUAUCCAGCAAAUAUCUGCGAAGUGUUACGAUUUCAAUUUCUCGCAAAAUCAGAACAUUCAUCAACACAUCCACAAGCUGGAAGACAUCUUCGACAGUGGGCUAUUGAGUCUGGGUUUAGUUCUAAAGACAUUUUAUCAAGUGGCUCUCUUUGGUUUAUUGCAAAUGAAGAAGACCGCAAACUGUUUGCAGAGAUGUACAAAGAGCGUGCUCUACAUUCGACUGAAUCGAUCGUUCCUUCUAAUGCCGAAGAAGACUUGAAAAAACGACAUGAAAUAGCACAAGCUUGGGAUGAGUUUAUGAAAAACCCUUCCUGUUGCUACUACUUGAUGCAUGGUGAAAUUGUCUGUAAGAAAUAAACGUUUUGGUUUACUACUGUUAUUAUUAUUAUUGUUACUGCUAUCUACGGAAUCCCUCGAAGUCGCCGAAAAGUAUUUUAAACCCAAGGUGUGUUGGAAGAAACAGUAAUAUAUAAUCAGAUUAUAAAGCUGUUUUAAAUUUGCGCACUCUUGUGCUGUGCUCUAUAAAAGAGUACUAUUGAUAACAGUACAGAUCAAGAGUCUUCCAUUUCUAUCUCAUCGCAUCAAAACUAUAUUCGGCA